UCCCUGGGGCCGCACUGGGAACGGGGGCCCGAAAGGGGCCGAGUGUCCUCCGAUAUCCAGGAAGCAGAUGGGGAACCGCGGCCCCACCCCCUUCCUCUUCCUCCUCCCUGCCCCCCCGGGGCCGUCUGGCGGGGAGGUUAUUUUGGACCCCUCUCCUGACCCUCGUGUCUCGCCGCGGUGGGGGGGGCGGCGCUGCAGGCUGAGUUCCGCGGGGAGCCAGCGGUUGGAUGGUUGCCUGUUUUGUCAGGUGGGCGGUGGGAGGCCCCGGAGGCUGCUCUAGUGCUGCAGACCCCCCCCUGGUGUGGACCGCACGCAUGGCCCAGCCGCUCGCCUUAGUCCUCCAUGUCCCCGAGACGGAAGGGGACCAAGACCGGGAGCCCAGCCCCCACGAGGAGGAGAGCGAGGUGCACGACUCCUUCCACCGGCUCAUCCAGGAGCAGAGCCUGCGGGCGGCCGAGGAGGGGCUGGAGCUGCAGCCCGUGGCCAGCACCCCGGGGGACCCAGGCCAUGCUCACCAGACCCCCCUGGGGCCCGACGGGGGGCCCGUCUACAGCGCAGCCACACUCCGCGUCCUGGCCAGCAUGCCCAGCCGCACCAUUGGCCGCAGCCGAGGAGCCAUCAUCUCCCAGUACUACAACCGCACGGUGAGGCAGCGGCACCGGAACAGCCGGCCCUUGCUGGGCAACGUGGCGCGCUCGGCCCACCCCAGCCGCCGCCUCUAUGACCUGGAGCUGGACCCUGCGUCCCUGCAGGAGGACGAGAAGCGGAGCCUCCUGGUGAAGGAGCUCCAGGGCCUGUCGGCGGUGCAGCGGGACCACACGCUGCGGGCCAUGCCCCUGAGCCUGGCGGAGAAGCGCUGGCUGCGAGAGAAGAGCUGGAGCGCGCGGGGGAGGCGGAGGGCCCAGCAGGGCCGCGGGGUCUCGUGCUGGAGCCGGCUAUGGUACGCCUGGAUCCUGGCCCUGCACAGCCUGGGGCUGCUGCUGCUCUCCGGCCUGCACCACGGGCGCCCGUGGCACUACGCCUUGAAGCAGAUCGGCGGGCAGUUCGGCUCCAGCGUGCUCUCCUACUUCCUCUUCCUCAAGACCCUGCUGGCCUUCAACGCCCUGCUGCUGCUGCCGCUGCUGGCCUUCACCGUGGGCGUGCAGGCCGCCUUCCCCCCCGCCCCGCCGGACCCCCCGGGCCCCGCCGCCUCCUGCACGGGGCUGGAGCUCCUCACCGGCGGGGGCUGCUUUACCCACACCGUCAUGUACUACGGCUACUACAGUAACGCCACGCUGAGCCAGCCGUGCGCCCCGGCCCAGGACGGCAGCCCCUGCGGCCCCCGGGCGGGCGGCCUGCCCUACAGCAUGCCCUUGGCCUACCUCUUCACCAUAGGGGCCGCCUUCUUCAUCACCUGCAUCACGCUGGUGUACAGCAUGUCCCGUUCCUUUGGGGAGAGCUACCGAGUGGGCAGUACCAAGGGCAUCCACGCCCUCACGGUCUUCUGCUCCUGGGACUAUAAAGUGACCCAGAAGUGGGCCGCCCGUGUCCAGCAGGACGGCAUCCGCACCCAGCUGAAGGAGCUGCUGGCCGAGUGGCGGCAGAGCCGCAGCCCGCGGCGCGCGUGCGGCCGAGCGUGGCGGGGGCUCGUGCUGGGGCUGGUGUGGCUGCUGUGUCUGGGGGCCACGCUGGGCUGUGCCGUGGCUGUGCUCGCCUUCUCCGAGGUCACCAUGCAGAGCCCUGUGACGGGCAGCCAGGAGGCUCGGCUGCUCGCCCUGCCCCUGGUGGCCAGCCUCCUCAACCUGGGGGCCCCCUACCUGUUCCGGGGUCUUGCCACCUUGGAACGGCACGAGUCCCCGGUACUGCAGGUGUACGUGGCCAUCUGCAGGAACCUUCUCCUCAAGAUGGCCGUCCUGGCCGUUCUCUGCUACCACUGGCUGGGCCGCAGGGCGGCCGCGCUGCAGGGCCGCUGCUGGGAGGACUUUGUGGGCCAGGAGCUGUACCGCUUCACCGUGAUGGAUUUCUUCUUCACACUGCUCGACACGCUGUUUGGGGAGCUGGUGUGGAGGCUCAUCUCGGAGAAGAAGCUCAACCGGAAGCCCGAGUUUGACAUUGCACGGAAUGUUCUGGAUCUCAUAUAUGGGCAAACUCUGAUCUGGCUGGGCGUCCUCUUCUCCCCGCUCCUGCCGGCCGUGCAGAUCCUCAGAUUGCUGCUCCUCUUCUACGUCAAGAAGGCCAGCCUGAUGGCCAACUGCCAGGCUCCGCGGCGCGCGUGGCUGGCGGCGCGCAUGCGCACCGUGUUCCUCACGCUGCUCUGCUUCCCCGCCUUCCUGGGCGCCGCCGUCUUCCUCUCCUACGCCGUCUGGCAGGUGAAGCCCUCCGGCUCCUGCGGCCCGUUCCGGACGCUCAACACCAUGUACGAGGCGGGCACGGCGUGGGUGCACCGCCUGGAGCAGGCGGGCCCCGGGGCCUCCUGGCUGCCCUGGCUGCACCAGCACCUGGUGGAGAACCCCCUCUUCACCUUCCUGGUGUCGGCGCUGCUGCUGGCGGUCAUCUACCUCAACAUCCAGGUGGUGAAGGGCCAGCGGGAGGUCAUCUGCCUGCUCAAGGAGCAGAUCCGCAAUGAGGGGGAGGACAAAGUCUUCUUGAUCAACAAGCUCCACUCCGUGUAUGAGAAGAGCAAGAGGAGCAGGGUCGGCGGGAGCCAGGGGGCCGCCGCGUCGCCUGCCCAGCUGGCGGAUGGAGAGGAUGCUUGGGGGGGCAGUGAAAGGCAGUGCCAGCUUGCCUGGCACCCCCACUCAGCCCCCGACGCCACGGCCCUGCAGGCGCCAGCGCGGACUUGACCCCAGGCCGGUGCCCUGCAGGCCCCACAGGCAGCAGGUGGAGAAGCCCGCCUGCCUUCCGGGAAUGGCGGCCGAGCUGAAGGGGGGGGUGGGGAGGGGAGAGUGGGCUCUAUUUAUUCCUGAUUAAACCAGUUUUGCACACAGUGCG